CUGCAGGGCCUGCGGUCUCGCGGGUGCCUGCACGCACCGACUUGCCAACGAGACAAGGCACGGGAGCGCGGUGCUGACGGCGACGCGUGGCGUCAUGUGUCGCGGGGCGCGCCUCGGCCUGCGCGCUUGCGCGCGUCCUGGGGGCCGCUGACAGGCUUGCGCGCCGGUGCGGAGCCGGAGGCGGGCCGCGGGGCCCAACGACGGAGAGGGCGGGGCCAGCUCCGGGACCGAGGCGACAACACACCGAGCGAGCGCCUGUGCCCGAGGGCAGCGAUGUUGUGGUUCCAGGGCGCCAUUCCAGCCGCCAUCGCGUCGGCCAAGAGGAGCGGCGCGGUCUUCGUGGUGUUCGUGGCAGGUGAUGAUGAGCAGUCUACACAGAUGGCUGCAAGUUGGGAAGAUGAGAAAGUGACAGAAGCAUCUUCCAACAGUUUUGUUGCUAUUAAAAUCGAUACCAAAAGUGAAGCCUGCCUACAAUUUUCACAGAUCUAUCCUGUAGUAUGUGUUCCAUCAAGUUUCUUUAUUGGAGACAGUGGAAUUCCCUUGGAAGUAAUAGCAGGAAGUGUUCCUGCAGAUGAACUUGUUACCAGAAUCCACAAAGUCCGGCAGAUGCACUCGUUAAAAGGUGAAAUAUCAGUGGCAAAUAGUGGCCAGUCAGAAAGUUCAGUCUCUACUCCAUCCACCUCAUUUGAUCAUAACAACACUUCUGAAAACUGUCAGUCCAGAAAUGUAGAGCUCUGUGAGACACCACCCACUUCUGAUACAAAGUCAGAUUCUGCAACAGGAGGAGAAAUUUCAGGCCAGGCCACUGUGUCUCAAGAGCCUGGUGGAUGUUCAAAUCAGAGACCUACAGAGGAGCUCACCGUCAGAGUGGAAAGACUAACCAAAAAACUUGAAGAAAGGAGAGAAGAGAAAAGGAAAGAGGAAGAACAGAGAGAGAUUAAGAAGGAAAUUGAGAGGAGGAAAACUGGAAAAGAAAUGUUGGAUUAUAAAAGAAAGCAAGAAGAAGAAUUAACAAAAAGAAUGUUAGAGGAAAGAAACAGAGAAAAGGCAGAAGAUAGGGCAGCUCGAGAGCGUAUAAAACAGCAGAUUGCACUGGACCGUGCAGAGAGAGCUGCUCGUUUUGCAAAGACAAAGGAAGAAGUAGAAGCUGCUAAAGCUGCUGCCCUGCUGGCCAAACAGGCAGAAAUGGAAGUCAAGAGAGACUCUUCCACAAAAGAAAGAAGCAGUGUUGCGAGAAUUCAGUUCCGUCUUCCUGAUGGUUCUUCCUUUACAAAUCAGUUCCCUUCUGAUGCUCCUCUAGAAGAAGCAAGGCAGUUUGCUGCACAGACUGUUGGCAACACUUACGGUAAUUUUUCAUUAGCAACAAUGUUUCCCAGGAGGGAAUUUACCAAAGAAGAUUAUAAAAAGAAAUUACUGGAUUUGGAACUUGCCCCAAGUGCUUCAGUGGUCCUGUUGCCAGCAGGAAGACCAACUACAUCCAUGGUACAUUCUUCCAGUGGCGACUUUUGGACAUUCUUGGGGACAGUACUUUACCCAUUCCUUGCCAUCUGGAGAUUGAUUAGCAACUUCUUAUUUAGUAAUCCUCCUCCUGCACAGACCUCGGUGAGAGCAGCAUCAUUGGAAUCCUCAAACCUUGCAUCGUCCAGCAACUCAGAAAAAAGGGAACCAGUCAGAAAAAGAGUGCUGGAGAAACGGGGGGAAGACUUUAAAAAGGAGGGCAAGAUAUACAGAUUGAGGACUCAAGACGAUGGUGAAGAUGAAAACAACACUUGGAAUGGAAAUUCUACUCAACAGAUGUAGUGUGACAAGUACAAUAUGUGCAGUAAUCAUUGUUUCUCUUAUGAUUUAAUUCAACUAAAAUUCUACUGGAGAAGUGGGACUGCUUUAUGUUUUCCAACUCAUCUACAAAGUGUCUCUUUAUUCCUGCUUAGUGGGUUAAAGUUGUUUAACCUCAGACAAGUCAAGAGAUAAAAUAACUGGCUGCUAGGUCCUUGUAUAUGGUAACCAACUGCUAGAAGCCUAAAAUAACAAAAGGUCUGCGACAGCCUCCCUUUAUCGGCUUUCUUGUUUAGUAUUUCAUAUGCCCAUUAGCCCUGUGCUCUCAGAUGAUAUGUUUUGUUUAGGGCUGUUUUGCUCCAAAACUCCUCAGCCCACACAAAGUAACUGGUAUGUCACUGAAUAAUUUGAUUUUGAGUCAGAGCAUUUUAACUAGCCAAUCAGAUGAUAAUUUGGGUUUAACUUUUCUCUUCUUGCUCAUCAGCUGCAAGCAAAAUCUUGUAGUUUUUAAUCUUACUUAAAUACUGAAUAAAAAAAUCUUUUCCAAAAA